AUGUGGUUCGCAGCUGCGUUGCUGCUGGUGUGCGGCACAAUCCAGGGCGGAUUGGCCGCAACGUGUGACUUCCCGCAGUCAUUGUGCUUCGAUUCUGAACCUGCACUAGCAAACCUCGACCUACUGCAAGCAGCCAUCAAUGCGCUGCGUACGACUCCAUCCACCUUCAUCAAGCCGAGCGAUUUGAUCGCGCUGGUGGAUCAAAUUACGGAAACGGCCGGAAUUGCACCCGGCACGUACAAAACAUGCUCCGAUGUACCGGCCGGUUCACCGUCCGGCCUGUACCAGCUACGCGGCGAAAUGCGAGAUCCUCAGACUGCGUACUGUGACAUGGCGUACGACGGUGGUGGAUGGCUCGUGUUUCAACGGCGCUUCAGCGGACAGACCGAUUUCUAUCGCACCUGGAGCGCUUAUCAGACCGGAUUCGGCGACCUAGCGCAGGGAGAGUUUUGGUGGGGUCUUAACAACUUGUACCGCGCGACAAAUUUAGGCCCGCACGAGCUUGCUAUCAUCCUGGAGGACUUUGACGGUAGAACGGUGGUGGCUAGAUACAGCGCAUUCCAGAUCGGCGAUGAGUCGGAACUGUACCGCCUGAAUGUGCUCGGACCGUACACUGGAACGGCGGGAGAUUCCUUGAGACGCCAUCUAAACAUGGCGUUCACUACGAAAGACAAUGACAAUGAUGUGUUCACGCUAAACUGUGCCGAGCAAAAUACUGGUGCGUGGUGGUACAGUAACUGUCAUGACAGCAACCUGAACGGACAGUAUCUAAACGGAGCUACCAGUCUGUAUGGAAAAGGUGUAACAUGGAAAACCUUUCGAGAGCAGGGAUAUUCGCUCAAGAGUUCGCGUAUGAUGAUUCGACGAUUACCGUAGCUGACUCUGUGGCAAUAAAGUAAUAAAC